CGGAAGGGCAGGUAAAGCGAAGCAGCCGACGAGUAAACAGCACGCCCAGCUGCGCUCCCAAGCGACAAACAUACCGUACGCACUCGCAACGUCAACCGCCCUCUAGCAGUGCGUGUCGCAGUUGUUACGUACAGUGCCGCGACGUGACAGACAGAGGUUCGCAAGCCAGGCGUCUACGCGUGCGCGACUGUUGCCGUCCAAAUUACGUCGCGCGGCGCAGUUCCCGAAGCGUGCAACGUGAUCUAGUCGGCAGCGCAACGUGACUGACUGACUUGGCCAGUGUGUGGCUUCGCCCGCGUUAUUUUCCGUGCCACGUUCGCGCGGUUAGAACACGACCGCGCAACAAACUCGCCCGUGCUUCGUUGCUGCACCAAAUAAAACACACCAGUGAGUGUUUUCUGUGUGUUGACUGUCAGCUGCCGUGUUUCUUCCCAGAAUACGCCACAAGUGCCGGAGUUGCUCCACUUUUGUGACAGAUCACCCUCACCGGAUCGAAGGGCGUUUCGCCACCACCAUCGCACUCCACAAACGCUACCCCGCCGCCGCCCCCGCCAUGAAGGAGGAGCGAGAGGCGCCGUCGACGGCCGCGUCAGCACCGGCCACCGCCUCCCCCGCCUCCGGGGCGGCCUCCGCGUCCGUAGCGAGCCGCUCCUGCAAGGCGCCGGACUCUGCCUGCUCCGUGGGCAACAGCCAGUCGCAGCGCAGCGGCAGCUCCAAGUCCCGUAUCAGCAACUCUAGCGGCAGCAGCGGCUAUGGUGGCCAUCCGUCCACUCUCGGCAGCGGGAACGACGCGUUCCCGCCGCCGCGAUCCAAAGACAAGGACCACCGCAAGAAGAAGCUCAAGGCGGAGCAGGCGGCGCCGGAGGCUGCGUCGGCCCCCUCCGCCCCCACUGCGGAGGCGGCGGCCGCCUCGCUUUCUCGCACGAAGACCGACGCCGCCUCCGCGACGCAAGCGGCGGCGUCGCCGGCCGGCGCGGCGCCGCCCUCCGCCCCCGAGCUGGCGGAGGAGGCGACGCCGGCUGCGGAGACGAACGGCCAGGCGUCGGGGGCGGCGUCGGCUGCCGCCGGGGGCGCCGGAGGCGUCGCGGCGCCAGACGACGCAUCCGCCGCCUUCUCCCAGUCGCUGUCCUGCCCCUCCAGCUCCAACAGCAACGGAGCCGUGGAGGCGGAAGCAGAGGCGACGCCACAGGAGCAGAAGGAGUGUGGCGCGAGAAGUCGCUCUCUCCACCAGGGGCAGGCGCAACCGAAGCAGCCCGCCGCCGGCAAUAAGGACGAGUUCACGGUGGUGGUGUCGAUGCAGGAUGGCGCCGUCAUCUACACGUCUCCGUCCAUCACACAGGCGCUGUCUUUCCCACGUGACAUGUGGGUCGGCAAGUCCUUCAUCGACUACGUGCACCCUGAUGACCGGCUGGCCCUCAUACAGAACAUCACUUCAGGCGUCGCACUGCCUCGCCGCAAGGGGGGCAGCAGUGAGUCGUCCGCCAAGGCCCCGUCGCAGGCACCGCUGUUCUGCCGGCUGCGGCGCUACCCGUCGCUGCGUGACGGUUUCGCCGUGGCGGAGCGCCGGCUAGUGCACCGGCCCUUCUCUCUGCAGCUCUCCUUCUACGAGCUGCCCGCCUCCGCCUCCGGGGGCGCGCCUGCCGCCCUGCCCCCUGGCGUGCUCCUCACCGUCACCGCCACAGCCGUCUGCUCUGCCUACACCCGGCCGGACGAGAAGCCGGUGGGCGGCAACAGGUUCUCGACACGCCACCAGGCGGACGGGAAGCUGACGCACGUGGACGGUGAGGCGGUGUCGCUGCUAGGCUACCUGCCGCAGCAGCUGCUGGGGCGGCCCGUCUUCGACAUCUACCACCCGGCUGACCUGCGCGGCCUGCAGCGCGUCUACCGGCAGCUGGUGAGCAAAGAGUGCGAGUCGACACUGCACGGGGAGCCGUACCGGCUCCGCGCCCACAACGGCUGCUACGCGCAAGUCCGUACCGAGUGGUCCAGCUUUGUCAACCCCUGGACCAAGCGGCUGGAGUUUGUCAUCGGGCAGCACUGCGUCCUGCAGGGUCCGAGCUGGCCAGACGUGUUUGCGGAGGCUCAAGACGAGGAGAUGUUUGGUGAGGAGUUGCUGCAGGAGAGCAAGGCCGCCCAGAAGGAGAUCCUGCAGGUGCUGCAGGAGGAGGUGUGCCGCGGCGAGCCCGGCACGGACAGGCGCGAUGUCUCCAAGCGCUGCAAGGACCUCGCCAGCUUCAUGGAGUCGCUCAUUGGCGAGAUUGGCAAGCCCGAGUUGCGUGUCGAUCUGGCCGCCACUGCCGCUGCCAACCAGAUCGGAGCCAACUUCUCUGAACGCAGCUCUGUGACGUUGGGCGAGAUAUCGCCACACCGCGACUACUAUGACAGCAAGUCGUCGUCAGAGACGCCGCCCAGCUACAACCAGCUCAACUACAAUGACAACAUCCAGAGGUUCUUCGAGAGCAAACCGAAGACGAUCCCGUCAGACGAUUCCGGUGAGCGGCUGAUGGCAUUGGAGCCGACCGGCCGCAGCACUGACGAAGACACCAAGGCUGCCGCUGCUACCAACGACAGCCGUGCCACCAGGAACUGCUUGUCGCCGGUGAAUGACACCGGCUCCGGAUCCAACUCUGGCAGCGGGUCGGGAUCUGCCGGCGUGUCUGCCAACAACGGCAGUGUCGACACCGCAGAGGCCGAGGGAGACUACAAACCGCCACAGCUCACUGAGGCGCUGCUUUCCAGGCACAACGAAGACAUGGAGAAGAGGAUGGUUCAGCGGCACCGCGAGCAGCGCAGCAAAGGCGGCGACAGCAAGUGCAAGAGGCUCCACCACUGCCAGCCGCCGGUGCUGGCAGACAAGGCGCAUGUGGAGAGCGCGGCCCCUCCUGCAGUGGCCGCCCAGGUGCCGGCGGGUGCGGCGGCCCAUGGGACGAAGCGCAGCGGCAGCCACUCGUGGGACGGCGAGCCUCUCAAGGCCAGCAAGCACUCGCACGCGCCCUCGCCGCCGGCCGCCCCGCCGCCCCCGGCGCCCCUCCGAGACGAAGCGCCGCCGCCUGCCGCGGCGCCGGGCCCGCCCGCGGCGCGGUCGCCUGCCGCCGCCGAGGGUGCCGGGCUGAGCCUGUGGCCGCCGUUCUCUGUGGCGAUGACACCGCUGCAUUCGCCGCAGCCCUGCAAGACGCGAGGGAACUUCUGCCCGGGCGGCUGCUCCCAGGCAGCCCCGCAGAUCCUGCCACUGUACUACCUGCCGGCUCCGACACCUGCCUCCGCCGGCGCCACUCCUGUGGGGAGCGGCACCCGCCCCCACCAGCAGCCACACGCCCCCGCCGCCUUCCUGCAGCAGCAAGGAGGCCCGCUGCCGUACGUGGCGGCCGGAGUGCUCUACCAGGCGGCCCCGCUGCUGUACCCGCUGGCCCCGCCACCCCCGCCGUCCCCGUCACACCUGCUGGCGCUGCACCAGCCGCUGCUGCACCACCACCAGCAGCACCACCAGCACCCGUCCACCUACCAGCUGACGGGAGCAGCCAGGAGCGGAGUGUCGGCGUCGGUGCCGCUGCCGGAGUCCGCCUGCCAGCAGAGCUCCGUCGGGCAGCAGCACCAAACCCAGCACCGGCAGCAGCACCACCAGCCGUACCAGCACCAGCCGUACCAGCACCAGCCGCCACCGCCACUGCCGCGGCCCGCCUCCUGCGCCACUUCCGUCAAAGUGGAGCCCGGCUCCAGUGCGGCGUCUGUCGCAGCUUCCGUGCUCAACAGGGGCGCGUCAGACGGCUCACAGAAAUGCUGCCGCACAUCGGGCGAGGAGGAGACGGAAGCGGAGGACAGCGGCUCGGGGUCCGGGCUGCGGGGGCGGGGGCAGUCGAGCUCCUCCUACACCUACUCCUUCCUGCGCUCCGACGGCGACAGCUGUCGCGAUGCGGACGGGGCCGCCACGGGGGGGGAGGACAUGCUUUGGGAGAGAAUGGAAAAUGGCUCAUCUGAGGGAACAUCGAAGCGGAGACCCAUCCUGAAGGAUCCACCGUGGCUGGAGAAUGUGGAGGUGACCCCGGACCUGAUGUUCAGGUACCAGGUGGCUGAACGCGAGUUGAAUGCUGUGCUGAAGGAUGACCUGCAGAAGUUGCGUGCCAUCUCACAGCCGACGCUGGUGAACGAGCAGCUGGGCCAGCUGUACCUGGACAUGGCGCGCGCCGGCGGCAAGGAGCUGGGCUUCGACGAGGGCGAGCUCACUUCCAGCAGCUCGGGAUCUGGCAACGACAGCGCCGGGGCGGAAGCCGGUGCCACGCUCCACAGGACUCGCAAGAAGCGGCGCAGUUUGGAGUACAGCAAGCUGGUGAUGAUCUUCGAGGAGAAUGCGCCGAUGCCGUCACCCGUAUCGCAGCCGGCGUAGUGGACGCCUCCCGGUCGUAGCCCCAGGGGGCUUCCUCCAGCAACGCGCCACCGCGCAACACCCGUGUUCCUCGAAGGGGUUCGGCCCCGAGCUGCCUGCGGAUCUUCGGGAUCUGGAAGCGCUCGUGUGCCGGAGCCGACCCUUCCGGACAGAGUCCGACAGUUCACUCGCGAGACGGAGGAGCGUCGCAGUUGCCCGCGUCCUGUCCGCGGUACGGCCUCUACUACAUCUGCUGUGCACCUCUGUGGGACUCUUUGCAGCAGGUGUCUUCCCGGAGGCACCAGCACGGGAAUUCACCGCAGUUUCCCGCAAGAGGAAAACGGUCCCGCAAUAGGAAUGGCGCAUUUUCCCCCGCGGGAAUUGCAGCCCGAUUGUCGAGCCUACUUCCCCGUGUACCUGAAAAGCGGACAGACAGUGACGGACGCCAGACUACCGAAUUUCCUUUACCGUGCAGGAAUGCAGAAUAUUCCACUCACCGCCAUCUGUCCGUGUCUGCUCUUUCUCCUCGUGUGGAAUUGUCCACAGUACUCUGCCCGGACAGUAUUAUACCUCGUGCCAUCACCGCGCUGCUUUCAGUGUGUCGUGUUCAAAUGUUCAAAGUGUCUGCACGUGUUCUGCUUCUGUAUCAUUCGGAGCAGAAAAUGUGUAAAGUUGCUUAUAUCCAUUUUUUUAUUGGGAUGGGAGCCACAAGACUAGUGCCCCGUACCGAGGGGUCUCCGGGCAUCUGGGAAGUAGUGCUGCCGUCGUCGCACCGUUUCCGAGGGACCGGUGGAACGAACGGCAACGAGAACGGAGGGCGAGACCGGUUUUCCGUGUCUCGCCGGGAUGCGAGGUGCACGAGCGUACUUCACCGGCUGUACCGUCCGUAGCUCCAUCUUCGGGCUCGGCAAAUACGACAGCACACAGACUUAAUUAAUUCUCAGUGAGACUGAGCAGUGUUUUAUGAAAAUGAGCAAGGAUGUUUAAGGAAAAGAAGAGAAUUGAUAUCUUGUUAAA